AUGACAUCUCAGCAGACACCAGUAGUAGACACUGCUUGGAAAUCAAGCCACCAACUGGGCACCAAGAAUCAGGGCUUCGUCUCAGAGGGUCUACGACUACUGGACUCAGGCUCUCUAUCCGACUCCACCAUCACUUGCGAGGACCAGACAUGGCAUGUCCACAAAGUGAUGUUGUGCUCUCGGAGCGACUAUUUCAAAAAGGCCUUUACCGGUUCAUUUGAGGAGGCCAGGACCAGUCACGUCCACGUCCAGUCGUUUACCCCAGUCAUGAUUGGAUAUCUACUCCACUUCCUAUAUGGAGGAGAUAUCCUGAGGACACUGGACACGGUUACGGAAAAGGAGGGCUGUGGCCGAUUCAGGGCCCUUAUCAUCCUGUGGGCGUUGGGGGACUAUUUCCUCAUCCCAGCCCUUGGCUCGGUCUUGAAAGCGACGUUCAAGGAGGUAUCUAAUACCACCCUGGACUAUGUACUAGGUGGAGGACCCGAGAUGGGCGAUGCCAUUGCUGCCAUGUGCGAAGGUAUCACCACUUUUUACAUCGACUACCCGCACGCCCUCAACUUUGGACGCUACCUCGUCCUCUCACUUGGGCACAAUAUCUGGAAUCUUUCCAUCCAGUCGGCUGUCUUUCGCGAGACAUGCGUAGCGAUACCAGAUUUCGCUGCGGAUGUGCUGAACGUCCACUUGGUGCAUCGGGACAGCAAUUUGGAUGCCGCGGACGAGAGGAAGGUCCUGACGGAUUGGACCCUUGGUAAAGAGUGGGAUGAGCUCUACCUUGAGCAGACUUUGAAGUUGGAUGACUAG